AUGGGGAGUCGCUCUGCAAUUAGAAGAGAAUCAAGUAGAACUCAUUCAGUUUCUCGGUGGAGUCCUACAAGAGAGCAAAUAGCAAUGUUGGAGGACCUCUACAGACAGGGAAUGCGGACUCCAAAUGCUGAGCAGAUACAAGAGGUUACCUCCAGAUUAAGGGCAUAUGGUCACAUCCAAGGAAAAAAUGUCUUUUACUGGUUUCAGAAUCACAAAGCACGUCAAAGACAGAAGCAGAAGCUAGAAAGCAUUGCACAUUCCAAUAGCUUUCUUCCAGUCUCACACCCCAUUUGCCAAAAUGUUGUCUGUGCUCCAUUUUAUUCUCAACAAAGUGGAAUGAACUUUUAUCCUCAACCAGAAAAGGUAGUUGCAGCUGGAGGUAUUGUUGGGACAGUUGUACCAUUUGGGAUGCUGAAAAUUUGUGAUGGCCAGCAGAUAUACCAACAAUUGCGACAGAGGGUACAACCUGAUUAUAACAUAAAUGACAAAAAAACCUUAACCCUCUUUCCUCUUCAUCCAACAGGCAUUUUGAAAGAAAAAACUGCUAAUCAAGGGUCUUCACAUGCUUCAGCUUCUGGUUCUCACUGA